GUCAAAUAAUUAUUUUGAUAUCGUCUGAACGAAAGCUUUAUUUUUUUAUAAAAAUGUCGAAUCCCAUCGCCAAAUUCUUGGCCCUGGAUAAAUUGGCGACAAUUUUCAGAAUUAUAAAACAAAAUGGUGGCAUUAGAGCAUCUAUGUAUAAACUUUACAGACAGGAUGAAUUAAAAGAUGGCCGCCUUGUCGGUGAGGAUGAGUUUGGCAACAAGUACUAUGAGAACCCUCGCUACUUCUACAGUAGGAACCGAUGGGUUGAAUACUCGGAUAAAUUCAACAUGAAUUAUGAUGGUAGUCAAGUCACAGCUGAAUGGUUCGGAUGGCUGCAUUACAAAACUGAUCUCCCACCUCACCAGGACCCGAGCAGACCCAAAUACAAAUGGAUGGCGAAUUUCACAGAGAACAUGUCAGGCACGACCGGCCAGUAUGUUCCAUACAGCACGACCAGACCCAAGGUCGAGGCCUGGCAGCCCAAACCUAAGACCAGUGUAUAAAAUUAUAUAUUAAUUAUAAAAUCUUUCCAUACACGUUGAAAUUGAACAGAUAAAAAAAACUUUAAAAAAAUCGGCGCUAAUUUAUAAUCUAAUGUAAAGCCGAGUGUACAUUUUCGUUUUAAUAGCUUAGCUUUAAGUAGAAAAUGAAAUAAAGCAUAUUAUUUAAAAC